AGUCACACCAUGAACUGCGUGAGCAGAGGAGGCUGCUACCUGGUGAACUCUUCCUGUGAUCUUCAGGAGGACAACCAGUGGAAGAAGGAGAGCUAUGAAGCAUACUGGAUCAGCCUUGUCCUUGAGACAAGACCGCAGUACAAGCUAACACUGUCAGAGAAGGACAACAUUCACAGAGAGAGUUACAAGCAGCAGCAGGUGGUCCACUUCAUGGUCCAGAGGUAUCCAAGCCAGACUCUGAAGCUGGGCAGUGACGGCAGAGCCAUGACGGAGCACCAGCUCCCGCUCUUCGACACCAGCAGAGGCUCAACCACCAAGGAACAACAGGCAGUCACACAAGAGACGAGGGACGAACAGGGAGUCUCUGCCACAGCUCAGGAUCUCAGCAAACCAUCAAGGGUGAACUUCAGAGCCUCCGGCCUGAUGUCUUCACCGAAGGAAAUCUCUGAGCGGGUGCAGAGGAGGGAGUGAGUGAGGAGGUGGAGAGUAUGUAAUGCUGUUUAAGACAGAACUGGUGCUUUGUUUGUUUGAUUACAAGCUGGUAUUAUUACAUUUAAGCAUACUACAAGGCCUCCGGCUGAUAUGCAUUAAGGGUAAUAUUUUAAAGUAUCACAAAACUCUGCUCAGUAACUUCAG